AUGGAAACCGCACAGAAGAAGAGGAUCGGCAUUUUGACGGGUGGCGGAGACUGUCCCGGCCUGAACGCUGUUAUCCGGGCAGCCUGCCUCACCUGCAUUUCGCACGACUACGAGCUUGUGGGCCUGCACGACGGCUUCGAGGGUCUCUAUGAGGAGGCCUACACUAUCCUGGACUCGCACAAGGUGGCCAACAUCUACGGCGAGGGCGGCACCAUCCUGGGCACGACCAACAUCGGUCACUACUGUCUCCCGCUGAGCGAAGACACCAUCAAGCGUACCGUGGAGACCUACAAUAAGCUCGGGCUCCAGUGCCUGAUCUGCAUCGGCGGCGAUGGCACGAUGUCCAUCGCCUACGUGCUGAGCCAGCACGGCGUGAACGUGGUCGGCGUGCCCAAGACCAUCGACAACGAUCUCAUGGCUACCGACGUCACCUUCGGGUUUGACUCUGCGGUGUCGGUGGUGACCGACGCGCUGGACCGAUUGCAAACGACCGCGGCGUCGCACCACCGCGUGAUGGUGGUCGAGGUCAUGGGCCGCAACGCCGGCUGGAUCGCGCUGGCCUCGGGCGUGGCCGGCGGCGCCAACGUGAUCCUGCUGCCCGAGAUCCGCUGGGAGUGGGAGUCGAUCUUCGCCACCCUCAAGGCCAGGGCCGCCGACAAGGGCAAGCGCUACUCUCUGGUGGUGGUGGCCGAGGGCUGCGUGCCCCCGGGCUCGGACUCGCAGAUUACGGCCGAUGACGAGGCCAAGAAGGCCGUCAGGCUGGGCGGCAUCGGCAAGUACGUGAGCGACCGUAUCGCCAAGGACAUCGGCAUGGACACCAGGUAUGUGAUCUUGGGUCACGUGCAGCGUGGCGGCAGCCCGACGUCCUACGAUCGUAUCCUGGCCACCAAGUACGGCUCCAUGGCCGCCAAGCUGGCCAUCGAGGGCACCUACGGCUACAUGGCCUCGCUCAAGGGCACCGAGGUCGUCAAGGUGCCCAUCACCGCCGAGAUGCGGGAGCAGCGCAAGGUCAACCCGAAGACGGACCAGAUGGUGUGGGCGGCCCGUAACGUCGGCACCGUAUUUGGCGAUGAGCACCACAGCUCGUAA